AUGUCGAUCGGAGAGAAAUCGCCGAGGAGUAAAGUGAAGUUCAUGUGCAGUUUUGGCGGCAAAAUCCUCCCUAGACCUUCCGACGGCGUUCUCAAAUACGUCGGCGGCGAAACACGUGUCAUCGCUAUCUCUCCUGACAUCUCCUUCUCCGAACUCACCAAGAAACUCACGGAAAUCACAGAGAACGACACCGUCCUCAAAUACCAAAUCAUCCCGGAAGAUCUCGACGCGUUAGUCUCCGUUAAAUCCGACGAAGACCUCAACCACAUGAUGGAAGAAUAUCACCGUCACGAAACACCGAAACUCAGGACGUUCUUGUUCCCAGCGAAUCCAACGGUUCUCGAGAACCAACUAGGUCUAAUCGAGCCACAAACGGUAGAGCAACGUUACAUCGAAGCCGUCAACGGUAUUCUUCGCAAGAACGUUCACCAUCUCCGUGCUCCGAUCAAAACAAGACCUUCUUUCACCGUCUCUGCUUGCUCCUCUCCAAGAUCAGAAUCAUCACCUGAUGGAUACAGUUACGAACAGCCUGAGAUCGGUAGUAACUACCAGUUAAGCCGGCUUUAUCCCAUGCACAAAGUACAAAGCAGUCCCAACAUCUCUCACCAGUUGCCGCAGCAUCAGCCACAUAGCUAUCACAACCAUAAUGCUUAUUUUCAGCCACCUAACUACUUGACUUGUCGGCUGCGACCACCACCACCACCGUCGUCGGACUUCUCUAGAGUUAUAGGAUGGGAUCAGGGCGGUAUUGGAAAAUGGGGAUGCAAUGAGGAACGUAGGUACUGGGGAAGAGCAAGUAGUGUUCCUCAAAGUCCUAGGAACCAUGGAGUACUUCGUCUUUGA